CCCGACCCGCCACCGGGCCCCCAGCCGGAGCACCCCACUGCCAGCGGGCACCAUGCAGGUGCUCUUAGCCGUCCUCGCCACCCCCGUUGAUGCCUCCCGGGAAGAAGUCCCGCCGCCCGCUCCCGAGAGCCCAGCUACUGUUCCGUGAGGAGCCGUUGGAGGGGCCCAAGCAUCCCUACGGCUCGCCCCAGCCCACCGACACCCGCCCAAGACCCGUCCCCACCAAACCCAUCGACCACAACACCGCCACUUCCUGGGUGAUCUCCCAGUUUGAGGGUUCCACAGGGGGCCGACGUCCAGCCCGCCAGAGACCCCACCGGGACCCAAUGGGCAACUCCAGUCGGAAACCCCAAGUUUGCAAGUUUCUACCUCUGGCUUUUUCCAGCCUCCAGGCACCCUGCAGGGAGCCGGCUCCCACGAGCCCCCCCGCAGUCAAGAGGACUGGCCGGGCCAGCCAGAGCCCCAUGCAGGCCAGGGGGCAGGCCGGUCAUCAGCCUCUGGUGCCCAUGUUAAGCCCUCCGAGCUGCGGCCACUUGUCUGGCAGUGAGCUGGCCAGCCCCGGGUUUGUGUUUCUCCCACCGGACAUCCAGACCCCAGAAAUGCCCUCCGGGAGGGGCUCCAAACCCCCUGAGCCAUCUCCCCGCCCCUUCGGGGGUCUCCUCUCCCACUCCAGUCCCCCGGAGGACUCAAGCCCCGGCCCCACCCUGGUGCUGGACACCCCGGAGGAGAGCUAUGGACUGAAGGUGACGUGGAGGAAACGGCGUCACCUGCUAGCAUACCUGAGACAGCGGGGAAAGCUGAGCCAGAGCCAAUUUUUGUUACAGGCUGCUGGAGGAGAGUCGGGAGGCACAGAGGGACACUGGAUGGGGGCACUGGAUCCCCCUCAGAAUGGGCACUCAGCACCCCCCCAAGACCAUGUUCCUUGCCGUGAGCACCUGCUGCUGAAGGAGAAAGCAGAAACUCCAUCUCUCCUGGGAGUAACACUGCCACCAGCCACAGGGCCUUCGAACCCUCAGGGUUCAUUGAUGUGCCUAGCUCAGACCCAAGGAGGGUCACUGAAGAGUGUUAUGGGCCGGCGGGGGGAAUCACGUAGGCUCCUCCUGGCCUGUCCUCCUGGAGGUGAGCUGUCAAGUUCUCCAGAAGAUGGGGAGAUGGAUUUGUAGUCCUGAAGUGUUUCCAAUUUAUGUAAAUAAAAACUGA